AUGUCUGAUGACGAGCAUGACACAUCUGUCGAUGCGAGAAUGCCCGUACCAUUCAUCAUGCCGUUACCCAAGGCAGCGGCAACAAGAGCCAUAACGACAGUAACGGCGAAAGCCCCGACGCCAGCAGAAAGAAAAGCAGUCGCAAAGGCCGGGCAAAGAGGCGCUGCAGCAAGGGCAGCAGCCACGCUGACCACGACGACCACGACGGCGCCAGAGCGUCCGGCCCCGAAACCUAUACGGCGGCACUCAUUGUCGAGCGUCGCCGCCGGGAAGAGACCAGCGUCGACUCGCCGACGAGUCCGGUUCUUUCUCCCACCCAAGGGGCCCGUCAGCGUUCCGGAACCCGGUGCUUUGCUCCCUUUGGACCUCAUCCAGAUUGCCGUCAAGCGGGACAAGUGUCUCACCGACGACCAGGUGGUGAUGAAGUUCUGGAAAGUCUACAACCUCUUGAGUGCCGCCACUCAAGACAGAGCCGAUAUCCGACGCUGUCACAUGGCCUGGCGGGUCUGGAAUUACAUCCACGUCCGGGGCUCGAUCGAUCUGGACCUGGCGGUCAAGAUGUGGAAUCAGUGUACGCUUGAUUGUUGA